UGAGAGAGCCCGUAUAAAUCCCUCGCAUCCUCAGAGGAAAACUGGAAAAGGAGGAGGAGGCGCAGGAGCAGGAAAACAAGCGAACCAAGGGAGUGUAGCUAUAGCUGUGUUUACUGUUCACCGGGAUAAACGCUCAGACUUCCACACGGACCUCCUUCACGGCUGAGGAGCCUCACUGGAUGCACAGAGGAGGGAGGAGGAGGAGGGAGGAGAGAGCGUGGAUGCUGCUUACACCGACAAACGGAGACAGGAAGAAUUGAUAAGCGGUUGUUAUUAGAAUAAAAUCCCAAACUGAAGUGGAAUAAGCUUCUGCGUUCACCAGCGAUGGACUUACGCUGUCGGCACUGAGGCUCCCAAUUCUCUAGUUGUUCGGAUGACCGCAGUCCCUCAUGGCGCUCAUUCAUGAACCUCGUGCCCCGUCUCCUUCUCUCUCUGGCUUCAACACACCACUCUCUGAUCCUCCUUCAUUUCGGCGGCUCGAUGCAGAAACACCAUGCACACCAGAAAUGGACCUGACCCCGACUCAGUGCGUCCUUCGCAACGUCCUCUCCAUAGAUACUGGGGGCGUUGUCGAGCCCGGAGGUGGAGGCGGAGAUGGUCAGACUGCUGGGCACAACCAGACACCAGGCGACGAACAACAGGAGCACUUUGCCAACAGUGUCCUGAAGCUCCACGAGCAUGAUGGGAGCCCCGGGAGGACGGAGGGAGAUGGGCAGGAGCCGGACAGCAGCGCGGUCCGGAGCCAGGCGGACGAUGCCAGGCUACAGUGCCAGUCUACCGGAGGGGGAGGAGGUUUUCUGGAGGGCUUGUUUGGGUGUCUGCGGCCCGUCUGGACUAUGAUUGGCAAAGCCUACUCCACAGAGCACAAACAUGACCUGGACGAGGCAUGGGAGGUCCCGUUCGAGGAGAUAUCGGACCUGCAGUGGGUGGGCAGCGGAGCCCAGGGCGCUGUCUUCCUGGGGAAACUGCACGGACAGGAAGUGGCCGUAAAGAAAGUGAGAAACAUCAAAGAGACCGACAUCAAGCACCUGCGCAAGCUCAAACACCCCAACAUCAUCACGUUCAAAGGUAUUUGCACCCAGGCUCCGUGCUACUGCAUCAUCAUGGAGUACUGUGCCCAGGGGCAGCUGUACGAGGUGCUGAGAGCAGGCAGGAAGAUCACGCCAUCCCUGCUCAUGGACUGGGCCAUGGGCAUCGCAGGGGGCAUGAACUACCUUCACCUCCACAAGAUCAUCCACCGAGACCUCAAGUCCCCAAACAUGCUGAUCACCUACGAUGACGCAGUGAAGAUCUCUGACUUCGGCACGUCCAAAGAGCUCAGUGACAAGAGCACCAAGAUGUCCUUCGCUGGGACGGUGGCCUGGAUGGCUCCCGAGGUCAUUCGCAACGAACCCGUCUCAGAGAAGGUGGAUAUUUGGUCGUUCGGCGUUGUGCUGUGGGAGAUGCUGACAGGAGAGGUGCCCUAUAAGGAUGUGGACUCCUCCGCUAUCAUCUGGGGAGUGGGUAACAACAGUCUACAGCUGCCUGUACCAGAUAGCUGUCCAGACAGCUUCAAACUGCUCCUGAGGCAAUGCUGGAACUGCAAACCAAGAAACAGGCCAUCGUUUCGACAGAUUCUCCUGCAUCUGGACAUCGCCUCAGCAGAUAUCUUAUCUACGCCGCAGGAGACAUACUUUCAGUCUCAGGCGGAGUGGAGAGACGAGGUGAGGCACCACUUUGAGAAGAUCAAGUCAGAGGGGACGUGUCUUCACAGGCUGGACGAGGAGCUGAUCAAACGACGCAGAGAAGAGCUCAGACAUGCACUGGACAUCCGGGAGCAUUAUGAGAGGAAACUGGAGAGAGCCAACAAUCUCUACAUGGAGCUCAAUGCUAUCAUGCUGCAGCUGGAGAUCAAAGAGAAAGAACUGCUCAAGAGGGAGCACUCACUGGACAAGAAAUACCCGGGCUGCUUCAAGCACCACAGCUCCAGACAGUCAGCCUCCUCCAACUCGAUGGAGAAGCUCAUGAAGAAACGCAACGUACCUCAGAAACUGCCCUCACACAGCAAGAGGCCAGACUUACUUAAGUCCGAAGUUAUCCUCCCCAAACUGGACUCGUCCAUGACCCAGGUCACAAUACCCAACAAAGGCUCUACCUCCCCUGGCCGCUCACGCCGAGGAAAACCUCGCUACAGGAAGGCUGGAAAAGGCAGCAGUGGGGAUUUGGCUCAGCUAAAAGCCACCCUCUCCUCGUCUUUAGCAAUGGUCAACGCCACUUCAUCUGUUCCCUGCAGCAAGCACCAUCUAGACCCCAGUGCAGCCCUCAGGGGUCUGCAGCAUGACCUGCUGCUCAAGAAGAUGUCCUCCUCCAGCCCCGAUCUCAUUUCAACCACCCUGGAAGCUGAAGGCCGGAGGAAGGGGCAGGCGAGGCCGGGGCUGGACAGAGCGGGCAGUCAGAGCGCCUCAGCCGGUCUGGGGGAGAGCAGAAGGACUGGAGGGCCAGAAGACGGGCCAGAUGUGGGAGUAGGGACUGACGACCUGGCAGAAACACCCCCACGCAGUGACACGCCCAGCGAAGAUGCAGCUUCUAUUCCGUUCUCCAGCAGCCCUGACUCGCCGUGCGGCAGGGGAGCCGCUGCGGGGAGGACGUCUGUGCUCGGGAGCCCCCGCGUUCCCCACGAGGGCGAGGAGAAGGAGGAUGGGACGGUGAUCACGCGCUCACCCAGAAGUCAGCGCCUCACACCUGCGGCGCUGCUCUACCGGGCAGCAGUGACACGCAGUCAGAGACGCGGAGUGUCGUCAGAGGAAGAGGAAGGAGAAGUGGACAGUGAAGUGGAGUUACCGAGAAGACGACGUCCCGUGAGCAUGACCAAAUGCCAGUCCCUGUCAACGUUUAGCUCAGAGAACUUGUCAGUCUCGGACGGCGAGGAGGGAAACACCAGUGACCACUCCCACAGCGGCACACCGGACGUGGUCAGCACCAACACCGACGAGCGUCUGGACGACAAGAGCGAUGACCUGCUGUCUCAGGGCUCGGAGAUUCCCGCCGACCCGUCUGACCCGACCCAGCUGGGCUCCGACGGGCUGUCCGAGAAGGAAGCUAUUCUACGACAAGUCAAGACCCAGCUCGCUUCUAAUGACCACAAUUAUGAGGGCCUGUAUGAUGACUCGGACUGUGACAGCGCAGAGCUGGACCAUUCAGGCAUCGCAGAGCCCAGCCAACCUCCAACCAACUGGUGAAAACCCAACACCUCAACCCACUCAGACACUCGCAGAUCUGACCUCUGAAUGCCUCUUUUGUUCUCACAGACCUUAGAAAACACUGAGUCAUGAUCAGGGACAUUGCGGGGAGUCGGGAAAUGAAGGCCUGUCACCCUUCAUUACAAGCAGCAACACAAAACAAAUUCUUGGAAAUUGGCGAGUGGGAUGAAAAACGUGACAUCCUGGGGAGAAAAAAAAAAACGGAAAAAUCCUAUUCUGUUUGAGAUAAAUCACAGGGAUGUGAAACUGAACUGGGGCACUAGCUGAGCUGACGGAGCAGCUGCCUCGUCUGCUCCUUCCUUAGCAACUGGCCCUAGAUCAGCUUUACAAAAACACAUGAAAUGACACCUCAGCGACAGGGGCCUCAGUCAAAAGAGGCCAACUACACAACCGUCUGUUCACGUCUCUCGUCAUCUUCCAUGUCAGUUUGUAUUUUUAUCUCCGUCAUGAAAAAUGUGUGUCAUGUUAUUUCAAGUCGUGUCAUAUGAGAACAUGUUUAUGAACUCCUAUCAGGGCUUCUAUUAUAUUUUAAUGUUUCCGUUGUCAACGUUACUGGGACAUCCACUGAUGUUGCUACUUGCACUUAAUUUAAGAAAAAGUUCCUUGUUAUUAUUGUGUCAUAUCCUCUCAAAAUAUUAUGCACUGACUAAUUUAUUAUUAAUUUACAGUGAAGUUAAAAAAAAACAAAGUUUACAUUUUUCCAUUUGUGUUGUUUACAUUAUUAUUUUUUUUAAUUUAUAUUUGUAACACGGAUUAUGUUGCCAUUUUCUACUUCGGUGUUUUAAUAUUAAUGUAAAUAUGUGAUGUUGUACAAUGAACAAAUUUUUAAAAAUGUGAGAUUGUAUAAUUUAAAGGUGCUGAUGUUUCUAAUUAGGUGACGCUACUCUAUUUGAACCUCAAAAAGCUUAUGGUAGUAGAAUGUACUGUAGCUGCUGUUCAUGUCUGAGCAUCAAAACACAGAGAAAAGAGGAACAACAUGUGAACAAAGAAGCAAUACGUCUGCUCCGGUACAAUAUGUCCUUUCAUGUCACAGGUUAAAGGAACCACAUGUGGGUUUAUUCAGGGCAGACAGGCUUUUUUUUUUUUUUUUUUUUUAGUAUUGCAGUGUUUAUUGUAUUAAAAUGCAAUACCAGUUUGGAAGUCCCUUUCUGAGCAUCUAGGUGUAUAUAUAGCAUCAAAAAAGCAUGCUGGUGAAGAGGUAUGGACAGCCCAUUGGAUAUUUAUCAAUCAAAAGCUGUCACUGUUUGUGAUUCAGAUCUAAAUGAAAAAUUAGACCCAUCCACAGAGGACAGAUGCAACACAAGUAAGACUGCUAGGACAGGUUUAACGACUGAAGUUGCAUGGAUGACAGGGACAUGAAACACCAAGAAGGAUCUCACAAUCACUUAAAAAAAAAAAAAAAAAAAAGACAUUCACCUUUUCUGCUCUCACUCAGUUCUAGCAUUGCCAGACCAGCAGCCACACUAUGUAUGCGGUGUGCUAGCAUAGAGGAGAGGAGAUUAUCUGGGGAAACGUAAUAAUGUGGCUCAUUUAUGUAAACAACCCCCCCCCCCCAGUUCCAUACUGUGGAUUCUAGUAUUGUUUUAGUAAAUAAAUCAGAGAACUGACCUUUGGCUUAUUCAACACCAGUGGGUAAAAAUGCUGAACAUUUUGGAUCUCAACUUUGCAGUUUUUCUGCUCUCAUAAAAAAUCAGUGUACGCUUCAAAAUGGCCUGCGAUACUACGAUUUGUCCACUUGUAGUUUUUGCCUACUCCCAAGAUUGCAGAUUACCUUAGAUGCUGAAGCUUUACAAGCCCACAGUGUGGUUCAUCAGCUUAGAGGAAGAUCACUCUGACAUUGUCCUCACCGGCAGAUGGUCAUUUUUCACAAUUAUAUAAGGGCUCCCUCAUGAUUGCCAGUAUGAUAGAUCAAACUGUUGCUUUUAUGUACUGGUGUCUCUUGACAAGCCUUCUUUAUGUACAUGUGGUUCAAUCUGACUCUACAACAGCACAUUACAUCCUGUUCCAUUAAUACAUGACUGAUCAGGUCAAACUCAAUAAGCUAGAAACGGCAGCUUGUUUGUUUGUUUGUUUUUUAAAUCUGGUGUUAAGUUUUAAAGUUUAAAUUUAUAGAGCAUUUUAAACUGAUUGAGCCCCCAAGGUUUAAAGCUAAAAAUCCUCAUGCAGGAUAAAAUGUUGCCAAAAAGCAAAACUACUGCCCUCUAGUGUCUCGACUGUGGAGGUACUUGUGUUUCCUAUGAUGCCGAUUGAAACAACCUGGUAUGAACUGAAAUGUUUGCUUUUUAUACUGCAUUAUUGUAACUGUACAAUAAAUAUAUUUAAGAAACAAUUUAAAAUAAAAUCAAACCUGUAAAAACUCAA